AUGCCCGGGUGGGUCUGUUGCCGGUGGGCUGAGGCCCCGGCGUCGUCAUCUCGGCGCUGUCGAACUCCCUUGUCGAGCCAUCAGACGUGCGAGUGCGGGUUUGUUCCCCUGCGGUUGCGGGCUGCAGAAGAUGUCAAUGUUACUUUUGAAGAUCAACAGAAAAUUAACAAAUUUGCAAGAAAUACUAGCAGGAUCACAGAGCUGAAAGAAGAAAUAGAAGUGAAAAAGAAACAACUUCAGAACUUGGAAGAUGCUUGUGAUGACAUCAUGAUGCUUGAUGAUUGUGAUCCACUUCUGAUACCCUACCAGAUUGGAGAUGUCUUCAUUAGUCAUUCUCAAGAAGAGACACAAGAGAUGCUGGAGGAGGCAAAGAAAAGUUUACAAGAAGAAAUUGAAGCAUUAGAAUCUCGAGUGGAAUCAAUUCAGAGGGUGUUAUCGGACCUGAAAGUUCAGCUCUAUGCAAAGUUCGGAAAUAACAUAAAUCUUGAGGCUGAGGACAGUUAAAGGUGUUCUAAAGAUACCAUACAACUUUUCCUUGUUUUAUUAAAUGUUUUGAUAACAUCAUUCAAUUACAUUUAAAAAAAAAAUCCCACUUUUGUUUUUUAUUUUCUUGUCUUGGGUUCCAUCUAUUUAAUGAGAGCUUUCUUAUUUUGAUUAUUGCAGUUAUUUAUUUGUUCAGGAAAGCAUUAGCUUCAUACUGUUGGUAAAGCAUCAAGAUGGAAGUAUUUGCAUUGUUUGUUAAAGUAAUAAAGGCAGGCACAUAUUGUA